AUGACUGAACAAAAUGAGAAUAUCCAAGUAGACGAUGGACCAGUGCAGUCAUCAGCAGAGAAGGAUCCAUCGUACAUUGUCAGCCUGGCAAGCAGUGAACCCGAAUCCGUUGACCCGAAUGUCAUUGCGGAUAGAGAAGCCAGUUUACAAGUGACAAGCUGGAUUCAAGCAAACUACAUUAGAGAAAAGAACCACAAUGUGCCCAGAAAGAACAUGUAUGAGCAUUAUCAAUCCAGCUGCGCUGCUAAUCAUUUGACACCUGUCAAUUCUGCUACUUUUGGCAAACUCUUACGAAAUGUGUUUCCUGAUUUGAAGACAAGAAGACUAGGCACAAGAGGUCAAUCCAAGUAUCAUUACUGUGGUAUCAGGGUCAGAACAAGCCAAGAUCCAGAGCCUAUUCCCAUUGUUGAAUUGAUGCAGGAGCAUGCGGCAGUCUCUGGCAGCAACAAAAGACGCAACUCGCACCGAAGAAGUCUCACAUCAGGCAGCAUUGCUACAGUAACUACUGUCUCUUCCACGGACGCUAGUUCAUCUGCUGCUCCAUCCACUCCAACAGCUCCUACUCUACCCUCCUCGACUACCAGCGGUAUCACGGGUGAUUACAAUCAGCUGCCCAUCUUUUCGUUGCCUCUUUUGCCACCCUACAGAUACAACGAUCAGAUCACCAACGGGCUUAUAGUAGACUUCACGAAUGCCUAUGAACAACAUUGCAAAAACAUAUUCAACCUAGUUUGCUCAAAUCAAGUAGAGUCUAUUCAACAUGUCAUGCUGGCUUUCUAUAGAGAGAUGCCAGAGCGUUUCAUUUACUUGAUCCAGAUGGUACCUGAAAUCACGGACAGCAUCUGGCGAUGGGAUUGCAUCCUGUACGAUACCCUCAUUUCAAGAUUCCUGCCCACUAUCCAUCAUGCCCUUUCCCAGGAAACAGUCAAUGCGUUGAGGCUCUAUACGCGCGAGAUCAGAGAUUACGUUGAAUCCUCCUUGAUACAUUAUCCUACCACGCUUGUACAGAAAAAGGCCGAUGUCGCUCGUAUCUUUUCAGCAAAGUUUCGUAGACAACUCACACUGAAUUUUGCAGCUCAGAAUGCAGCCAAUAUAUUGAACCAUCAGCAUCUUGUCAAUGCCAUGUGCCAUGAUUGGAAUAACUUUGAUGUCGACGGCAUCUUGGAUCAGACAUUGUGGGUUUGCGAUUGCGACACACAGCAAAUCAGACACAUUUUACGCACAGAAAUCUAUCAAUUGUUAAACAACAAGCCAAGUAUUGAACAUUGGAUGUUCUGGUUAGGAACGCUCAUUGACAAGUAUGUCAACAACUCUGAGCCUUCUUCGCUCAAUGAGGCCAAUCUCUAUUUGUCAAAGUGCAAGCAAUUCCUGUUGAAGUGGAACUUCUACACCGCUUUGGUCAUGAAGGACUUGGCUAACCAGCAGGCGCCCAGCUUUGCUUCUUUCCACACAUUGCGCUUAUUUCUCGAUGACUACAUCUUGUAUCUUGUGGAGGAGAACAUCUCCCGGGUCAACCACCACAUAAUGCAAAGACAUCAGCUAACUCAUAAUGGCGGAGGUGGAGGAGCAUCAACUGCAUCUUCUACUUCGGCAUCCUUCUCUCAUCUCAGCAAUCAAGACUAA